AUGAGUAAUGUCGCUUUGAUCAUAUUAGGAUGUGUAUUCGUCACUCAGUUGGUGAAUUGGAUAGGAAAGUCGGUUUUACAAGAUUUGACAUUCGCCCUAUACUCCCGUAUAUUCCUCUCUGGCUCAAUAUCACAACAAGUUAACCUUCGACGACAAAUCAUCUCCGAUAAAGCCCAGCUGAACCGGACUUCUUCACAAGAUGAAUUUUCCAAAUGGGCGAAAUUGCGCCGAAAGGUGGAUAAAGGUUUGUCAGAUUUAGAAAUAUUGAACAAAUCAAUCACCUCAACUCGGUCUUCUUUCAACAUCAAAUUCUCUUCUUUACUAUGGAUAAGUACAACAGGUAUUCAAAUUUUCAUAAUCUGGUAUCAUCGCUUUCAACCUAUUUUCUGGCUUCCGAAUGGUUGGAUACCAUAUCCUAUUGAGUGGAUAUUAAGUUUUCCUUCAGCUCCAAUCGGUUCGGUCAGUUCAGGAGCUUGGUGCGCUAUUUGUCGAAGAGUUUUACUUAGUCUGGCGGAGAUAUCCAAGAAUUUGAUAAUACCAAUAUCAGUCUCUAAACCUGUCCUUACUAAUUCAUACGUUUCAGAACAAAAGGAGACGGUAGAGUUGGAACAUGAAAAGCUUGAUUGAUGUCAUGUUUGAAUAGAACCAUGUAAAUGACCAAUUCAUGGAAG